AUGGCUACCCCAGGUGUCGACCCCGUCGAUGGACAAUAUAACAAAGAAACCGCGGCCGACGUGCCGCCGCCGCCCACCAAUGGCCACCAUACGAAUGGCAUGGGCUCUGGGCAGUUCCAGCAGUAUCAGCAGUACCCGGGAUAUGGACAAUUUAUUCCGUUCAGCAACACCCAGAAUCCUCAGGUCGGGCCUCACCAGGCCAUGAUCUCCCAGGUCUACCAACCUACCCUUGGUAAGAUUGGUAACCCAGGUCCUCUUGGUCUGAUCGGUUUCGCUUUGACUACCUUUGUGCUCGGACUUUACCAGUGCGGUGCUGGUCUCCCCAACUCUAAUCCGUUGGGCACCGUCGGCCCUGACCAAGCCGUCUUCGGUGUGGCUGUCUUCUUCGGAGGCAUGGCCCAGUUUGUUGCUGGCGUCAUGGAAUUUGUCCUUGGCAAUACCUUUGGUUGUACCCUCCACUGCUCAUACGGGGCUUUCUGGCUUGCCUUUGCCAUGUUCUCCGUUCCGACUCUUGGCAUCCAGGCUGCCUAUCAAGGAGACCAGCGUGCCUUUAGCUUUGCUGUCGGUAUUUUCCUCAUCAUAUGGUGCUUCCUUACCAUCAUCUUCUUUGUUGCGGCGCUCAAGACAAACUUUACGAUCUUGAUGGUGCUUGGCCUGCUUGCGCUGUCUUUCUUCUUUCUUAGCAUUGCCCAGUUCGUCUCGACCGAGCACACCACUGCAGCAGUAAGAUUGAACCGUGCCGGAGGCGCUUUUGCCGUCUUCUGUGCCAUGUUUGCAUUCUAUGCUGGAGCAGCAGGUCUCAUGCUCAAGGACACAACCUUUGUCACUUUCCCGCUUGGUGAGAUUCCGUAUCCCUCAGUCAGGCGAGAAAGAGAGGCGGCGAAGAACAAGGUAUAG